CACCGUGCACGCGCGGGCCAUGGGCGUCGUAACUCCCCCUCGACGCGCCACCCAAAUCCACACGGUCGCGCGCGCGCCCCACCUCCUCCCUCACGUCGUCGCCAUUACGCCUGACACGCUCCACGCGGACCGCUAUUUAAGCCCGAGGACUCCAAAACCCACAAGCUAAGCAAGCUACUUCUCUCACAUACUACAAAGUUACAAAGUCGCAACACCUCGUUGAUCUUGUUUUUGUUAGCGAUGGCGGAGCGCGUCACGAAGGCGUUGAUGCGGCCAUUGUUGUGUUACAUUAUCGUCGUCGCCGUGGCGCCGGCCGGGUGCGCGGCGUUCAACCCGCGGAUGCUGUUCCUGGUGAAGCCCGAUCCGAUCGUGCUCAAGGAUCACCAUGGGGUGGUGCUCAGCGGGAACGUCACGGUCAAUGUGCUCUACUAUGGUCGGUUCACGCCGGCGCAGCGCGCCGUCGUGGCCGGCUUCGUGCGGUCGGCCUCGGCGGCGCAGCACCCGCGUGUGCCAUCCGUGGCGGCGUGGUGGAGCACCACGUCGCUGUACCGCGGCGGCGGCGCGCGGCUGCGGCUCGGGAUGCAGGUCAUGGACGAGCGGAUGUCGCUCGGCCGGUCGCUCUCGCUGGACAACGUCACGGCGCUGACGAGGGCGGCGGGGCACCACCGCGGCGCCGUCACGGCGGUGCUCACGGCGCCCGACGUCCUCGUGGCGCCCUUCUGCAUGUCGCGGUGCGGCGUCCACGGCCACGGCGGCGGCGUCGGCGCGCACGGCAGGGCGCGGUACGCCUACCUGUGGGCGGGCAACCCGGCGCAGCAGUGCCCCGGCCAGUGCGCGUGGCCGUUCCACCAGCCGGUGUACGGGCCCCAGGCGCCGCCGCUCGUGCCGCCCAACGGCGACGUCGGCGUGGACGGCAUGGUCAUCAGCCUCGCCGCGCUCCUCGCCGGCACGGUGACGAACCCCUUCGGCGACGGGUACUACCAGGGCGACGCCGGCGCCGGGAUGGAGGCCGCCACGGCGUGCGCCGGCGUCUUCGGCAGCGGCGCCUUCCCCGGCUACCCCGGCAAGCUGCUCAAGGACCCGGUCACCGGCGCCAGCUACAACGCCGUCGGGCUCGCCGGCCGGAAGUACCUGCUGCCGGCGUUGUGGGACCCCACGACGUCGCAGUGCAAGACACUUGUCUAGACAUGGCGGGAGCGGCGCUCGCGGGAAGAAGAAGGCGAAGUCAAUUGAAUGGUCUAGCUCACUAGCUAGCUGCAUGAGAUCGAGGAGAACAAAAAAAUGGAAAAUAAAUGGCUCAUUUAUUUUCAUUCAUCGUGUUCACUUGUUGCAUAUAUAUUCUUGCGUGUGCAUCCUGUAAUUUGCUCCCUGAUCAUGAGAAGGAGAGCUUGUAUUGAGUUAUGAACUUAUGAUCGAUGCAUUGUAGGAUUGUAGCAUGUGUGAUGUGUUAAUGAGUUAUUCAUGUGUUCUAAUUUCUAA